AUGGCAUACACUCAUCAAGAAUCGCCGGCGGAUGCCAUUGAUCCCAGUUCCCUGUCACCACUUCCAUUGCCCGCCGGUAUCAGAUCUCGUUUUGUCGAUACUUCGCCUCACAGCCUCGUCUUCCACAUCCUCGAAUCGCUGCCAGAGAACCUCCCGCCUUCCGGCCCCAAGCCAAAGCUGAUUCUCUUGAUUCACGGGUUCCCAGAGCUCGCAUACUCGUGGCGCAAAAUCCUUCCAUUGCUCUCCGCACAAGGCUACCAUGCCGUCGCCUUUGACCAGCGAGGAUAUGGGAGGACUUUCUCCCGCAAACCACUUGAGGCGUCUUCGUUUCGUCCCCUGAACCUCGUCAAAGAUACGGUCACGCUGGUGCAUGCUCUUGGUUAUACCUCCGUUUCCUGCGUCGCAGGGCAUGACUUUGGGGCAAUGACCGCAUACAUAUGUACCCUCGCCCGACCGGACAUGUUCCAGUCCCUGGUGAUGAUGUCGCAUCCCUCGAAAGGGGCUCCUCAGCCUCCUCUUUCCAUCUCUCCAUCCUAUGGCACCGCCUCCACGGCACCGCCACCACCGGUCGACAUGGAAAAAGAUCUCUCCCAACUAGCCCGCCCCAGGAAACAUUACAAAUGGUACUACUGCACCCCGCCCUCAAACGACGAAAUGACCACCCCCACGGGUCCGCCUUUGCACACGUUUCUUCGCGGCUACUUCCACCUAAAGUCUGCGGACUGGGACGUCAACGACCCGCACAAACUGGACGGAUGGACCGCGACGGAACUGGAAAAGAUGCCACGGUACUACAUCAUGGAUCUGGAGGACAAUAUGCGUCAGGCCGUGGCGCGAGACAUGGCCCAGGAAGAUCCGCAAGUCGUUGCCUCGCGUGCUGCCCGCUGGCUCCCGGACGACGAACUCGCCAUCUACGUCCAGGAAUGGGGCCGUACCUCGUUCCUAGGUGGUCUGAACUGGUACCGCGUGCAGACGCAGCCAGACAUCGCAUCGGAUAUGCAAGCGUGGUCUGGCGCAAAGAUUUCCGUCCCGACCGUGUUUGUGGCCGGCAAACAGGAUUGGGGCACCUUCCAGGAACCGGGUGCCGUGGAGGCUAUGGAGAAUGGUCAGAGUGUAAACCAGUCUAUGUAUCGAGGAACUGUGCUUGUCGAUGGAGCCGGGCACUGGGUGAACCAGGAGCAACCCCAAAGAUGUGUGCAAGAGAUUUUGCGGCUGGCUAAAUGA